AUGGUACAAUCCGACAGAGGAACGGUAGAUGGAAUCUCGGGUAUUGGAGACCCUGAUAUUCUCCACGAUGAAUACGACGCAGAAAAGGCGAAAAUUUUGAAAGACCCUGAUGGGGCAGGAGCUCCUGAGCUUGCUGAGAGGAAAGAGCUGAGGAAAGGGUUACGGCAACGACAUAUUCAAAUGAUUGCAUUGGCUGGGACUAUUGGGACAGGCCUUUUCCUUGGAUCAGGUCGAGCAUUGGCGAAUGCUGGACCAGCUGGUAUUUUCAUGGGAUAUCUGUUCAUGGGGUUCUUGAUAUCUGGCGUGACACUUUCCAUUGGAGAGCUCAGUGCACUCGUUCCCCUUAGCGGAGGUGUCAUUCGUCCUGCCUCUUAUUUUGUUGACCCGGCAUUUGCCUUUGCACAAGGGUGGAAUGUCACAUAUCAAUAUUUGAUCUCCAUCCCAGCGGAGAUCUCAGCUGCGGCCGUGAUUAUCCAAUUCUGGGUUACGGUGAACAAUGCUAUUUGGGUGACCGUAUUCAGUGCCGUCCUUUUUGCAAGCAAUCUGUUUCUAGUGCGAAUCUAUGGAGAGAUUGAGUUCACAUUGGCCAUUUUGAAGGUUUGCUUGAUCGUUGGCAUGAAUAUCAUGGGUCUUGUUAUCACAGCUGGUGGAGGUCCGGAUCACACAGCUAUCGGAUUUAAAUACUGGAAAGAUCCUGGGCCAUUUGUGCAGUACUUGGGCGUUCCAGGAUCGCUGGGUCGAUUCAUGGGAUUCUGGACAGUCUUUGCAAAUGCCGCUUACGCAUAUUCGUCCGUGGAGACCAUAUCAAUGGCAGCAGCAGAAACUCAUGCCCCCCGAAGAAACAUUCCGAAAGCCGCCAAAAGAGUGUUUGUGCGCGUGAUGUUAUUUUAUGUCAUCUCCGUUUUUAUGAUCACUCUUCUGGUCCCAUCUAAUGAUCCAAUGCUUCUCAGAAGUUCAGGUACCGCUGCCCAGUCUCCGUUCCUCAUUGCAGCGACUCGAGCUGGUAUAAGUGUCGUGCCUCACAUCAUCAAUGCAAUUGUUUUGACAAGCGCGUGGAGUUCUGGCAAUUCUACUCUUCUCAGCGGAUCCAGAAUUCUUUACGGUCUUGCUCGCGAAGGCCAAGCCCCAAAGUUCCUUGCACGCACCAAUCGCUGGGGCGUGCCAUACAUGGGCGUACUCGCCAUCGGGACUUGGAUGGCUCUAGGGUAUAUGUCUCUUAGCGCCACCGCUGCCACUGUAUUCACAUGGUUACAGGAUCUGGUCGCGUGUGCGCAGAUUAUGAGUUGGUUGGUCAUCUGCACCACCUAUCUGCGGUUUUAUUAUGCCAUGAAAAAACAGGGGAUCUCUCGAAACAGACUACCAUGGAAAGCACCACUGCAACCCUAUGCUGCAUGGGUUACUCUAAUCUCUCUGAGCAUCAUUCUACUGACUGGCGGUUAUACGACAUUUAUUCAUGGCCACUGGUCAACCGAAACUUUCAUUUCGUCAUAUUUGGACAUUGGGAUCUUUGCCUCUUUUUAUUUUGGGUAUAAGAUUUGGUAUAGGACUAAAAUCAUCUCUUUAGACGAAUCGCCUGUCCUACGAUUUGUGGAGAUCGCCGAAAAUGACCCCGAUCCUCCUGAAGAGCCAAGGUCCAGAUGGGCUAAGCUCAAUAUUCUGUGGAGCUAG